AUGGCAUCAUUACAGGUAGAAGAGCUCAGCCACUCUCUUUUAGAGAUUAGUCUUCAGGAGCUUGUGAAAGAGCCGAUAAUCACAAUCCCACAAAACUUUAUUCGUUUAGAUCAAGAACCUCCUUCUUCCCUCCCUUACGGUAGUCCCUCGCCAAUAACUACCCCGACCAUCGACAUGUCUCGAUUGGUUUCCGGGGAGGAUGAUGGUCAUGAACUCGAGAAGUUGCACUCAACUUGCAAAGAGUGGGGUCUCUUUCAGUUGGUGAACCAUGGUGUUAGCUCUUCACUACUGGAGAAACUGAAACACGAGCUGGAAGAAUUUUAUAAGCUUCCCUUGGAAGAGAAAAUGAAAUACAAGAUAAGAGCAGGUGAGGUCGAAGGGUACGGCAAUACGGCCAGAGAAGCAGGAAAACUUGACUGGGCAGACAGGUUUUUUAUGAUAACCAACCCUAUCCACAGACGAAAGCCUCAUCUCUUGCCAGAGCUCCCUUCAUCCUUAAGAAAUACCUUGGAGUCGUACCUCUUGGAACUGCAAAAGCUUGCCACUAAACUACUUAGUUUGAUGGCGAAAGCUUUGAAAAUAGACGUGACGGAGAUGAUAGAGUUGUUUGACGAUGGGAUGCAAUCGGUGAGGAUGACGUACUAUCCUCCAUGUCCACAACCAGAGCUGGUGAUGGGCAUUACACCUCACUCUGAUGCAACUCUUCUCACCAUACUGAACCAAGUGAAUGGAGUAGAUGCUCUUCAGAUAAAGAAAGGUGGAGUUUGGUUCCCCGUGAGCUUCCUCCCAGAUGCCUUUGUCGUGAAUGUAGGAGACGUUCUUGAGAUCUUCAGCAACGGGGUUUACCGCAGCAUUGAGCACAGGGCAACAGCCAAUUCAGAGAAAGAAAGAAUCUCCGUUGCCUUUUUCAUCAACCCCAAGUUUGAGGCUGAGGUUGGGCCUUCACCUAGCCUGAUAAAUCCGAAGAACCCUCCAUUGUUUAAAAGGUUCAGGAUGGAGCAAUACGUCAAAGAUUUCUUUUCCCGUAAGCUCAACGGAAAGACAUAUCUGCAGCAUAUGAGCAUUGAAAAUGGAGAAGGCAACUCUGCUUGAUGUUGAAAACCACUUUCAUAUGUGUAUAUAUAUAUGCUAUAUGGUUUGGUAAUAAAUUGAAUCAUAUAAAGUAUGUGUAGCAUAUAUAUAUAGUUCGUGUGGUAUGAAAAUAAAUGCAGCUUUGAUUGUAAGAUGAGACGUGAGCCCAGCUGCUUCUGUAGGGCUGCGUUGGAAAAAUAAG